AUGUUCCACCACGUUGUUGCCUUUAUUGCUGCUUUGGCCGUCUACCAUGUUGCUUGCCAAGUUGGUGGUAACAGUACCAGAAAUGGUACUAUCGGUGGAAAUGGCACCAGCAAUGGCACAGGAGGUGGCAAUGGCACAAGAGGUGGAAAUGGAACUCAGGACUAUGAGGAGAUUUACUUUAUAAGUGCAGACCUUGUCGCUGGCGUUCUCUAUCAGGUCGUUAGUGUCCUAAUUGGUCUUAUCUAUGCACUCGGAGGAUUCGGAUAUGGAUAUGAUGGAGGAGACUUUGGCGGAAACUCCACAAAUAUGACCAAUUCUACUAAUAUGACUAGACCUUUCUAA